AUGAUCGGUACACAAGUGCAUACUGGGCUUUUGCCUCAUCCAAUGGAUGCUUCUAGUCGUAUACCUCCGAUCCAUCGAGUAAUAGGUACAGCAUACGAGCAUGCUAAUACAGCACCGGUAUGUCGUCCAUCAUCGGAUUGCGGUGGUUCAUCGUCCGGCCUUGGUGGUAUGACCAAAACGGACAUUGUAUCUUCGGAUGAUUCAUCUCUUGCAAGGUUUGUCAUCUUCUCCAGUCUUCUUUUACCUUCCUCUACCACCUUAUCUAACGGUACCAGUUGCUAA